AGUAAUCACUCAGCCGUGGCAGUAACGCAUCCAGCCCGCCUCUUUCCUCUACGUCACGGCCUCCCGGUGCAACCUACGGGUUGCUAUGACGACGGCGUUGAGCUCGUCUCUAAAGGCAUUCACACACUUGUGUUUGGGGAAAACCGUGUCGACCGGAGAGAAAAGCAGCCUCUGUGUGGAUGGUGUUUUGGAGGAGGAUACAAAGCCUUUAAAACAUGCUACAGAGAUUCACACUGCUUCCGUUUAAUGUCAUCAUAAAGUCGCCAGCUUGACCUUAACUCCAUAAUGGCGACCUUAAAAAAAGAGGAGCACACAGCUGUGAAUGGAUCAGACCGGGAGUCUUCAACACAGGAGGACACAGCUGGGGAGCAGCGUGACAGGACAGCCGACAGGAGACAUGUUGAAGCCCUUCUGGACAUCAGUGAGGAAGACUUCUUGAAAGAACUGGAGCCAUAUGAGGAUCAUUGUUACUCUGGCUGGGAUGAAGCUGUAAGUGUCCAAGGUUGGGCCAGAGUUGCUCCACUGAGCUGCAUACUUUUGACUCAGAAGACAGAAACACACAAGAAACCAAAGAAUAAAGAGUUUGAAAAGCAGACCCUCUUGUCUGUUGACCCAACAAUCCCAAAUGCAGACAUCUCAACCAACAAUGCAGAAAAUCGCUGCGAGUCUCGCAUGGGAGUCUCGCGUAACAACGUGAAGAAAUCCAUGGCGUUUAACCAGCAUUUAGGAUCCUGGAAUAACACAGCUGUGGCAGCUCUGCAGAGAGACGUCCUCGAUGCACUGCAGAAAACAUCAAGUGCCUUACUGGAGGAAAGGAUAGAGGAGGAAGUGACCCUAAGAGUGACUCCUUUGCAGAACAGGCCCACUAAGCUUCAGAAACACAGCCAUAGGCCCAGUAAUUCAGUGGUUCCUAUUAAAAACUUUACCUUUUUACCACCGAUUAAAUCACCACACCUGAGUCCUCAGAGAGUCAGUGGCAAGAAGGUUCCAGAAGGGGAAACAAUAGAGGAACAGUGUUUCAUGUUCGAUAAGAUGAGCAGUACGAGAGGAAAAAAAGUGGACACUGUCGCCAACUCAGAGCUUCCCACUUCUCCUGCAGGCCUGACCUCCAAGCUGACAUGUCAGCAUAACCCACACUUGUUUUCUUCUGUAAGUGUUUCUAUCCCCAAAAAGUAUCAAGUGCCUCUGUCUUCCAAACGUGACACAGCACUCAACACUAACUUCCCAAUGGGCAAGAACAUCACACAGGACCUUUACUCGAGCCCUGCAGCAGGUGCACAGGCCCGUCUGCGCCCCAGUAAGACUGUGUGGUGUCAAGCUGUGUGAGAGCUAUGUAAUAAACAUUUAUCAUGACUGA